UUCCGUUUGGUCUCAGAAGCUAAAAAAAAAAGGAAAUAGAAUGUUUUAAAAAAAAUUGAAAGGAAACGCCGCAGCCUUUCUCCUCAUCCAAUAGGAGUUGUCGCUGCACACACCUGAUCUACCGGAAAGAGGAUGCGUCUGUUCGUGCUGGGCUUAUUUGUCUUUCUGUCCUUAACUCAAGUGACAGCCAAGUCCGGCAGACCGAUCUAUGAGGCAGUAGGAGAAAAGGUUGUCCUCAGACCAGGCUCUGCGGUUAAUCCCAUCACCAACAUAACGUGGAGAUACGGGCCUGAUGUCGCCAUGCAGUGGGAUGGAAACCAGACUUACUCUUACGAGCAAUUUAAAGUUCGCGGGGUGCUGAAUACUUCCACUGGAGAGCUGACAAUCACGGGAUUGACUCGAAACGACAGCGGCAACUACACAGUGGAGAUCAACAACCAAGUCACCAAGCCGAUCCAACUGCUGGUUAUCUCUCGCGUCUCUAGACCCUCCGUCUCCACGUGGUGUGACCCUCAGAUGACCUACUGUGUUUUCACCUGUGAAGGCAACACCUCAGAUGCCGAACCAAUCACCUUUGGGUGGGGGGCUAGCGACAUGAUGUGGUUUUUCCACAAUAAGCACAUUAUAACAAAGGACGAGACAGAGCCACUGUUCUCCUGUUAUUUGCAUAACCCAGUCGGCUUGAUGGGUAGUGAAUCAGUCCCCAACCCCUUCUACACUCGUGAGUGUAUGAAUGGAAGUUAUACAUUGAUCAUCUUCUUCACACUGUGUGCAGUGAUUAUAUUGGUGUUGAUACUGUUGAUAUGGUUGACACACAAAUGUAGAAAAGGAGUAGAUGCUGAAGCGACAACGCCAGAGAAACCAGCAAUGCUUCCACAUGGCCAAGAAACAACUUUGCAGGAGCCGACAUCGGUUGUGACCGUGUGAACAGCCAGUAGAUGAUCCUCAAGACGAGGACUAAAGCCAAAGCUAUAACAAAUUAUCUUUAUUAAACUCCAAAGAUGUGACUUGGGCUGUACCAAAUUACUGUUACGGCCUUUUUCACUGUGCACACGUGGCUCUUUGUAUCUCACAAAGAACAAAAUGCUUCUCAGAACGUCCUGUGAACACUGAAAGUGGCUCUUUAAACACAUUAAUGGUGUUAUACAUGCACUGAUGGCUGCCUGCAAUGCCACACUGUUGACAUGUUGCUGUUAUGUAUGUUGUAUGUUAUGUAUUUAUUCUGUCGUGUUUUUUUAAAAACAUUUUAGUGACAUUUUUUUGUUUGUUGCUCCUGCAGCGUUUGAAUGGCCAAAGAGGAGAAACAUAUAAUAUAUUUUAUACAUAUAUUUUUUUAUUAAAUGUUUUUCAGAUUUGUUUCAUGUUAUUCCAGCUUUGUUUCUUUAUAAAAAAGGAUUUGUUCUCAAACUGCUGCUGCUGCUGUUCUUUCCUUAUCUGUCCACCAGAGGUCCUCACACACUUUACUACAGAUGUGUCUUUUUGCUUCAUGGACUGUGGAUGUAUAAAAAUGGAAAGCACAUUGACUGUAUGUAACAAUGUUUAUUAAAAUCCAUUUGACAUACAAA